AAAACACAGAAUGCUCACAUCCGUUCGUCAUUUAUCCAUCCACCAUAUGUGUGCCCCUUGUCUGCAAUGUUACCUGAAUGCAUGCGAUAUGGCACUGCACGGACUUUGGAACAGAAACAUUCUAACUCCUUGUGUCAAUGUUCGACUCAAUUUUUUUCUUUCUAGCAGGGUUCUAUCUUAACAAGUGUCUCUUGCCUAUUCAGUGAGCACAGAACUGCAGGAUGGCAGUCCUGUCCCCCUAGGAAAGCAGCUUGGGCAACCACUGCCACGGUGGAGGGCACCUGCAGCGGUGGGUCCCCCGUGGAAACAAGAACAAGACGAGAGAUCCGGCGCCUGCACGGUGCUUUUCAGUCCAGCUUCUCCCCGUUUUUGCUCCUAGUUCCCAUAUACUCCUUCACUAGUAUCUUCAACAUCAGCUGCUGCCUGAAGCACCAAUGUCGUCGUUGGUCGUCCACGUCAAGGCAGGUCACAUCAGGUGUAUGGUGGACUUUCCAUCUGUGUAAAUCUGCUACGGGCCGUUUUCCCGAUAGUCUAUCCCGGAUUGCUUUUUCUACAAGGCUGACGCUCAUCAUGGUCCGCUCCGCGGCAGCACAUUGAUACUGUCAUUCGCAGCUGUAUCUUCGACGAGUAUCGUUUACAACAGCUGCUACAACCAGGUCGGUCGCCGGCGCUCCAGCGGCGGUUCUAAAUUAACGCAGUGAACAAGGAGCAGCAAAACUGUCCAGCAGGUGCAUCCGAAUGGCAUUUUGGCGUCUCUGUUCCCUAUAAGAACGCGAAUCGAGGAACCAAUCUGUCGACGGUGCAUAGAGACCGAAAGCCCUCCCGCCCUGAUAUUGAGAAAUCCGACAUUUGUGUUCGAGAAGGGCUCCAGACAGAAGCCACAAUGGACGAAAACGAAGAAGCUCCACAGAGUGAAGCUGUCGAGUGCGAAUACUACGUGUGGGACCCGGCUACUCAGCAGUAUGCACGGACAGAUCCACACACUGGAGAGGCGCUUCUACGUGACCCACAGUACAUGCAGUGCCACUUCCACCUGGUUGAACCCCCCGAGGACCGAGGGCUCGUAUCGGGUGUCCAGUCACCCCACAAGCAACUUCCGUACGAUCUCCGGACGCAAUGUGCAGGCGUAAGCGAAACAGCGUCUGCGAGUGCUGCGCGAGAAACGAUCGUGGACGUGAUGCGGGAGGCGGAAUCAGCAGGCAAACAGGCGGCAGAAGCCCAGUUGGUUGAAACCUCAUGUGAAUCUGAGUCUCAUGACCACGUCACAUUACGCGACGGCCCAGAAACGGAGGCGCUGGCUUCGUCACUCUACCAGUUUCCGUCACAAACCGCACCUGCGAAGCACUCUCAUUCCUGUCGGAGACAGUGUGACGGGCUGAUACAAGGGGACCCCUCGUCGCCUGCCACAGGUGAACAGAACGAUCAUUCUCGCUCUCCCAAGUCAUGUAGUACCCGUAUGAGCUGUCAUCACUGUGCCAGGAUUCCUCAUUGCGAACAAUUAAAAAGCGAAACGGGCCCGUUCUCUGUCCUGGCCUCUCCCGAGGCCUUCGGCGCACUCCCCCAUCGCGCGUGUCUUGCAACAGAUGAAACAGAUGUAACGCACUCCUCUGUAGUUUGUAUCAGUUGCAUGUGUGAACACAUGGUAGACAAUUUCGUUCCUCCGCAAGAGAGCAAAUCUGGGCUGAUCAAAAGAAACCAUUGGCAACGUGCCAACUACGUGCUACACGGGACCAACGCAGGAAAAACGCGUGAGGUCACGGGUGGCAUGAAAAGGGAUCAUAUAAACGGAUUUGAGUGUGGAGCGCAACGUUAUCAUCUUCCGUCGGCCGGCAUGCGCCCUUCACGUGAGAACGUAACUCGGCAGUCACCGACCGCGAAGAACGGUCGUUACGCCGAGACAACGCAUAUCCAUGAGGACAGCACUGAGGACAAGUGGGAAGGUGUUCAUGAUAAGCUGGACAGACAGACAGAUCGCGAAGAGUUAUGGUAUGAACCUGAAGAGCAGUCUGCAGAAGAAAUAGUGGGGACAACCGGAUCCUGCUACGAAGAAAGACCUGAUGUCAUUGGUAAGUCGAUACGGUCUGGACACACGGGGCUGUCGACGAGUCGACCAUGGGGAGUUGCUUCGACUCGCGCUACGAGUACUUUGAAGAAUCCGCUUCGAGGAGGUCUGUCUGAGGGGAAACUGGAAAACAUGCGUGCCCGUCUGCGGGUUGCGGAGCAUGUAGCGGCUGUGUCAUCAUCGUGGAGAAGGCCGUCGAUGAGCUCAUCUUCGCCGAACGCUUUCUCAGCGGUCUCGCGCCUUACGGGUACCGGAAAACCAAAUCUUUCCUCAAGGAACCACCUUGAACGGACAGAAGAGCCCUCCAGAGACACUAGUUGGCUCCGCUUGAAGACCACUGGAGUCCGGAAUGCUGAGGGUGUCUGUGGGGGAGCGCGGUGGCUUCCUGCCAAAUUGACUUCUCAGGCAGAAGGACCUCCAGGGCGAAGACUGCGGCAGCAUGACCCAGUCAGUCGGGGCUGUCAGUUACGUGCUGCUUGGGACGGUGAUCCGUUCCUUCGGCAACAGAAGCGUGCACAGUUUGAUAUGAAGGCUUACGAUACGUGGCUCCGUAACAAUGGGCAUUUGCUCCGAGCGAAAGCGUUGGAGCUGCAACGCGAAGAGCAGCGCCUCAUGUUGUUGAUGAUGCAACAGCAAUACCCGGGAAACAGAAAGGCGUCGGUUAUAUGAAAUAGUUGCCCGUUCUUUCAAGAUACUUCUCUUUUACACGAAACAAGCACCAUAAAAUGAACUGAGCAUUUGCACUGGCAAAUGUGACAGCGUGCUGCUCAUCAGUGGCCUUCGUUGAUUGUCUUCUGUGUACUCCACGAUAUUCUCUACUUGAAGACCUAGGGCUGUGAUGGCGGGGGGGGGGGACAACAUUCGUUUAGUACGGGUGACUGCUAAUCAUCUUCUCAAGAAGGCGUGAACUGCUACCGCCGCGAAUCUUCCCCCGUUUCUAACAGGCUUUUUGACACUUGAAGGUUAUACGCAUGCGUGUAUGAGUUGUCUCCCUAUGGAUGCUUAGAGCCCCUGAUUUACGCAGGCGGUGCAUGACUGAACUUAGUUGCUCCUUCCAAAAAGGAGAGCAUUCGACAGCACCCGUUGAACAGCCCAUUGUAACAUUCGUGUGACGAUCAUUUGCCUGAUUCUUUGCGGAGUGUCGAUUGUGGUACAGUGCAAAUGGCCACGGCGGGUAUCGCACCCAGCACAAAAGUAGAUCGCACCAGCAAAUACAAGGGGUAUAUCUUUUGUUUUCGAUACAGUUGGACUGCUGCAUCGGUGGCUGCUGCUUGCCGCAAAAAGUGGAACAGCCAUGUGACAGGCCGCCAACAGGUCACGUUGCAACACAUCGUAAACGCGGA